UUUUGCCUCCAUUACAGGCUGUCACCGAUGAGAAGUAAGUGGGUAGUAAAUAGCAGCCGCGAAAGGGUUAAUAUCUGCAGUUCAGAUAAAGGCGCAGAUGGACACUGAAGACAUUUCCAAUCCCGAUGAGGAUGGAUGGUCCAGCGCAGCUUCAAGUGAAUCGGAUCCGACCUACGUUCCUCCUUGGUAUGGGGAGGAAGCUGAUGACUACGAGAGUGGCGACUCUUCCGACUCUCAUUCUGAUUCUUUCUACGAACGGGAGGCACAAGAAGUAGAAGAAGCGGCUAUGAAUGAAGAAGCUGAUGCGGAAGCAAAAAAACGUUAUCGACAUCUACGACGAUAUCUAGAGACGAAAGUCGCUAACCCUCAAUUUGACGAGAAUCCAUACAUACCGAGCGACAGCGAAGCGAGUACGUGCACUGAUAUGGAGUAUCAAGCCUCCUGGCUUGAGAGACUCUAUCUACCAGAUAUGGUGGACGACAUGGACAUCAGCGCUGAUGACAACGUAGCUGGUUCCUCCUCGUCUGCUGCUGGGAAUCAGAACAGCGAAGAAAAUCCCGCCAUAAGAGAAGAUGCUGACGAAUACGUGAGUAGUGAUGGGCUGGAAGGGCUAUAUUCAGAACAUCUCGCCAUAAGGCAGAUGCGUUUUGAGCAAUGCCGUACAGAUUUUUGCUUGGAUCGCGAUGGAAUCAAGCAGCUUGUCCGGGAGGCUGCGGCAUUGGUGCUAUCUAAUACCAAGUUCACCAGAAAAGCGAUUGAUGCCUUGCAAACCGCGGCCGAAGAUUUUCUUGUGCAAAGAUUCAAGCUUGCUUACAGGCUGGCUUUGAGCAAUUAUAGCGCUUCUGCUGACAAUGAAAAGCAAGUGAAGCUAACUGUGAAGAAUUUCUGGGUGGCGUGUGCAAUUAUGGAGGGACGAGAUUACCCGUAGCUGGUACAGCACUGUAAUGUACUGCAGCGAUAGAUAGAGAUUGGUGCAUCUGAACUGCUUACAUGAGGACUUUGGUGUGGCUUUUUUGGCGAUCCGCACAAGUUGCCGUCUUUUAUACGAUGGACGCAGGCAAACCUGGUGCCUUGUGAAUGGGAAUUACACAUAGCCAAUAUGGGUGCGUCUAUAGUGUCGUCAUCUAACCAUGCAGUUGCUAAAUGCCAGUCUGCCCACCCUGGUAACAGCUACUUUAAGAUCUUCAGCAAUUUUUCUCUGAGAUUGCAUACGAAACAUUUGGACAUUGCAAACUAAGGAAUUUUCGGGUGUAGAAGCCAUUUCUGGUGAUGAAAGUAAGCAUAACCCGAACCUGUGAGAGGGGUGCAUACUUAUGUCGGGCAUUGAGCUGUGUACCACCAUGUUUUCAAAAAAUACUGCCAUAGUUGCAAUGAUUGUAGACAAGGCUAAACGACUGCUAUGCUUGAACGGU